AUGAUGGCAACAGCAUCUGCGACAACUGCUUCUGUUGAUGAAGAUUUGGAUGAAUGUGGACCUCAACUUAUUAAUAAAUUGGAAGGCAAUGGAAUAACUUCGGGUGAUAUAAAAAAAUUGGAGGAAGCUGGUUAUCAUACCGUAGAAUCAGUAGCUUACGCUCCAAAAAAAUGGUUAAUAACUAUUAAGGGUAUAUCUGAAGCCAAGGCUGAUAAAAUUUUGGCAGAAGCUUCAAAGUUAGUACCAAUGGGCUUUACAACUGCAACAGAGUUUCAUCAAAAGAGGGCGGAAAUAAUUCAAUUGACAACAGGAUCAAAAGAGCUUGACCGGUUAUUGGGAGGUGGAAUAGAAACAGGUUCCAUUACUGAGAUAUUUGGUGAAUUUCGGACAGGAAAAACGCAAUUGUGUCACACCUUAGCUGUAACAUGUCAGUUACCUAUUGAACAAUCAGGCGGUGAAGGCAAAUGUAUGUACAUUGAUACUGAAGGUACAUUUAGACCAGAGCGUCUCUUGGCCGUGGCGCAACGUUAUGGUAUGGAGGGCGCCGCAGUGCUUGAUAAUGUGGCUUAUGCAAGGGCUUACAACACAGAUCACCAGACACAACUUCUGGUCCAAGCUUGUGCUAUGAUGGCAGAGUCCAGAUAUUCUUUAUUGAUAGUUGAUAGUGCAACAGCCUUAUACAGGACUGACUAUUCUGGGAGAGGAGAAUUGAAUUCAAGGCAAUUGCACCUUGGCCGAUUCAUGAGAAUGUUACUCCGUCUUGCUGAUGAGUUUGGUGUAGCGGUCAUAAUCACAAACCAAGUAGUGGCACAAGUAGAUGCUGUGGGAGUUUUUAAUGCAGAUACAAAGAAACCGAUCGGAGGUCACAUUAUUGCGCACGCCUCCACAACGCGGUUGUACUUGAGGAAAGGAAGGGGAGACAACAGAGUAUGCAAAAUAUAUGAUAGCCCCUGUCUGCCGGAGACUGAGGCUAUGUUCGCUAUCAGUACUGAGGGAAUAACAGAUGCAAAAGAG